UGUCAAGCGUUCGGUUGGUUAACAUUGGGGUCAUAUCAUGAAUAAAGUUACAAUCGAGAAGCGAUUCUUACAGAUAACGAAAAUAUUCGCGAUACUGGGUGGCAUUUGGCCAGGUCAAAAUAAAAUUAAGUUCAUUUUGUGGGCUAUGGUGCAUAUUACUAUGGUAUCAUCUGUCAUCGUACAGGUAGCAAGAAUUAUACAUAUAGGCACUUUGGAAGUCAUACUGGAGCAGUCCUCCUUUAUAGGUGCGAUAAUACUCAUGAUCAUAAAACAUGGUAACUAUAUCCUGAACGCAAAGAAGCUUAAAUCCCUUUUGAAUGACAUGUCCGAGGAUUGGGCAACCGAUCGAUUGAAAGAAGAGUUUGCCAUUAUGACGACAUACGCAUAUAGGGGAACCACUCUUGCGAUGUUCUACUUUGGUAAAUCAAUAUCUAGAAAAUCAGGUUGCAACUCUGGUUGAUAAUUUCAAUAGUAUACAAUAUAGACUGAUCUAAUCUUAACACUUACGUAGAUAAUCAAAAUACAACAAUUAAUUCUAAAUUACUCAAUAAAUGCAUAACUAAAUUUGAAACGUCAAUAUGGAAAACUGUUGCAUUCGUGACGUAAAAGUACACAAUGAUUGGAAAUCUGGUGUGAUUUUGUGAUAUCUUUACUAGAAAAUAAAAUAAUUAAAAAUGGGGACCGAUUGUCCACACUAGGGUUCAUUAUCUUACAUUUUUAAAUAUAAUUAAUAGACUGAAAAUGUUUGUGCAUUUAUGGGAAACUUAGAGGUAUGAAAAUGGAUGGAAUAGACAUAAUAUGCAAAAAAAUAAUAAAUGUCCAAGAUAUAUAGCACUCGUUAUACAAUGUAGCGAGUGAAAAAAAUCUUUGCUUAUUCUCCAACUUUUUAUAUUUGUUUGCAACAAUGUGUAUUUCCAUAAACAUACGUAAUAUUACAAUUAAGAUAGGAAUUAUUUACUUUCAGUAAACGCGUGCAUCUGCACAGUC